UUGUGAGAGAAGAUGAUGUUCUGUUGGUGUACUCUAGUGCUGUUGACUCUGGUCCCAGUGGUUACAGGUGACAAUUCUGUAGUUAAAAUCAAACUAACUAAGAAGGGACUUGAUUUAGUUGCAAAAAUGAUCAUUGAGAUGCUCAAACAGCAGGAUUUUCAAGCCCUAACUCUUUCAACUCCCUUUCAGCAGUAUUCAGUUACAGGAAUGAAGAUAGAAUCCAACCUUCAUUCGGUGCAGGAGUUUGUGGAAAAAAGUGGGAUCACUACAACAAUAAAAAACUUUCACAUGACUGGAAAGCUGGUAAAUGGGCAAAAAAAUUAUCCGCUUGACGUGAAUGUGGAAGAACUGGGCAUUACUGUCACUCUUCCAGUCAAAGUUGAUGAAACUGGCCACCUGACACUCAGCAGUGAAAACUGUAAAGCAAAACUUGGAAAUUACCAAAUCGAACGUACCGGAUCGCCGGAGCUUGAUGUAUGGAAAGCUGUACUCUCUGUGAUAAAAUUUGUAUUUCCAGGGAAACUAAACAAUCAGGUCUGUUCCAAGGUGACAACCUUCCUUAACACCAGGCUGACAAACAUUUACGCCUACGUACGUGAAAAUUCUGGGGUUGAUGUCUCGCUGGAGCCUACUACUGUCAUCUCUAGUGACAGGAUUGAGGUAAAUUUUGUAGCCCUGAACGGACGGAAGAAACGACGACUCCUUGAAGAAACAAAAUACUCUCCUGAGAAUUAACAUGUGAGCACUCUCUUGCACAAGUAACAACACCAUCCGAGACGAACCACAUCGAGCAGUUCACAUCACACCUCACCCUUACAGCCUCCUCAUCCCAUCCCUUCUCUCCGCGUGCUGGGAUAACCUGAAAUACACCCACAAAUCUAUAUGGUUUAAUGUGAACAAUUAUCAUACAACACUAUUCAUGUUUGGUAUUAUUUGAAAAUAUCUCAGUGCGACUGGUACAACGGCAUCCUCCCCACACAAGCAAACCAAAAGAUAAUAAAGAUAUCUACGGUAACACUUUAGAAUACUGUAUCUUACUUACUGC